AUGACUUCGGGGGUUCAAACAUGGAAUUCGGAUCGACUUAGCGAGAAAUUGGAAACAUAUUCCCCCUCUCCCUCACCAAAUCUACCUCCAACGCCAAGAUCUAGAAUUAGCAAAAGCAAAUACAAAUACGAAAAAUCAUCAUCAUCAAUAGAAACUCUCACCCAACCACCAAUAAAUUUAUCUGCAUCUAUAUCGCCAUUUCCGGACCAUGUAUAUGAAUCCGAAUCUGAUAGAGAAAGAGUAUAUUCUUCUGGAAAAUCUAGUUUCUCUGAUCAGAGUAGUGUGGGAAUGUCGACAGAUUCGAAAGCUGGAGAAGAGAAAUGGGGAGAAGGAGGGUUUAGAAAAGGUGAAUGGAGGAAUUGGAGAUGGGGUGGACGAUUUUUGAGGAGGAAGGGGGGGGUUGGUACCGGUUUAUAG